GGAUGGUUCUAUUUUGAAUCUCUCGCGGCGCGUCCUUAAUUCAAAAGAAUCCCAAAAAAAACAACACAAAAAGGAACUCUUUCUUCAAUUAUUCAAUUCUUCAGUGAAAAAUGAAUAGUGAGUGAACAUUCAAAAACCUCCAUUUAUCGAUUCUCCAUCGGAUCCUUCAAUAGUAACAGUCAUUUUAUGAACAAACAAACAAAACUUCUCUUAUAACAAAAUCUGAUUCCUGAGAGUGAUUUCCCGAAAUUAAAAAACAUAAAUAUCCGAACGCACCUCUAUCUUCAAGUCAUAUCGGUAUUUAAAUUCUGUACCCUUUAAUUAAAAUAGAAGACUGAAAAUUGUUUUUUGUGUGUUUCUCGGACGUGGACUAGUUGAAAUUUCGAGCGAUUGAAACGUUCGAAAAUCUGCAAAUCUUGAAUCGGUGUUUCCAGUUUGGAGGAGCGUUGGUUUGCUAGCCGUGGACGUGUCUGUCCCGUCAGUGAACGAGAAACUCGAAUCGAGAGAAGAAGCAAGCGAGUGGCGAGUGCAUGGGGCUAAAAUGGCGCUCGCAGUCCAAGCACCUCUAUCGACCGUGACAAAUAAUUCAGCACUCGCUAUGUACCUUCGCGAGCCGCGAAAUUUAUAAAGUGGUUUUCCUCAAUCCCGACCUAUUUUCGGUUCCAGUUAUUUGCAUGUGUGUCGAAUCCUUAUAUUAGUGGAAAUAGGAAAAUAAAAAAGGGCUGGAAUUUGGAUUGCAACUCGUGAAUUUGGAUCCCUUUUGUAUUUUGUGUGGAUUUAAACAAAGUGAAAAUAAAACAAGUGGUGUUGAAAAAAAAGUGCACGCGAGGAUUUUAAACUGAUAUUGAAAGAGGAGUUUGAAGGAUCUCAACGACUCAUGAAGUAAGGAGCUAAGAAGAAAGGGUGAUUAGUGUGAUGUGGUGUGAUAGUGUUUGUUGGUGAAAUUGAAAAAUGAGGCAUCCUCAUUGAUAACGCGUUUCUUUGACGGGGUGGUAGAUGCGUGCACGCGUCAAGAGGACGUGUGUUCGCCGUCGUCGUGGCCCAGGACGAGGGAGCGAGCUCGAACUCGAUCUCGGAAGGGGGCUAAGUUAGAGGGAUGAGGAGGAGAGAGUGAGAAGCCUCGCGAUCGAGAGGACCGGCAAUAUGGCGCGCAUAGGUCUCUUUUUCACCACCUGUGUCGCCCUUAUUUUACUACAUUCUCCACGAGGGACCCGAGCAGAACAAGUCGUUCUCUUGGACACAACAACGGAAGAGAGCCUCGAAUGGACACGUUAUCCCUACGGACCACAAGCAAGCACACCAGGCUGGGUGGAGGAGUCGUUCACCAACUUCGACAAGGGAAUCAACUGGAGGAGUUACGUGGUUUGCGACGUUGCCUAUAACAACGUCAACAAUUGGCUAUGGACGCCAUUUAUCGAAAGGGGUCCAGCCAACAGGAUGUACAUCGAAAUCAAAUUCACGACUAGAGAUUGCUCCCUUUUCCCGGGAAAUGCUCUAAGCUGCAAGGAAACUUUCAGUCUUCUUUAUUAUGAAUUUGACGCAGCUACCAAGGAACCACCGCCCUGGGAACCUGAUAGCUACAAGCUUAUUGGUCGAAUUGCGGCUGGCGAAGGGAGGUUCAACACCAACACAGAAGUGAUUAUCAAUACCGAGGUGAAAUCAAUCCCCGUAACGAAAAAGGGAGUCUACUUCGCCUUCAGAGAUCAGGGAGCUUGCAUCUCGAUUUUGGCGAUUAAGGUAUACUACAUCAGUUGCCCGGAAGUCUCGGUGAAUUUUGCCCAUUUCCCAAAAACGCCAACAGGCAGGGAAGUUGCCCUGAUCGAACAAGCCAAAGGAGUCUGCGUUGCUCAUGCAGUGAAAAUCGAGCAGCCAACAUUCCUCUGCAAGGGAGAUGGAAAGUGGUAUCUGCCUGCUGGUGGAUGCCACUGCAAACCUGGUUAUCAGGCUGAUGCUGAUAAGCAGAUGUGCACUGAGUGCCCUAUUGGCAAGUUCAAGCACGAGGCUGGAUCUCAUCAGUGCGAAUCUUGUCCAGCUCAUAGCAAGGCGCCUGAUUAUGCGUUUACCGAAUGCAGAUGUGAUGCAGGAUACUUCCGAGCGCCAAAGGAUCCUAAGAAAAUGCCCUGCACUCAACCUCCAUCGGCACCACAAAACCUAACCGUGAACUUUGUUGAUCAGUCGACUGUGAUUCUAUCCUGGAAUGCCCCUCACGUUUUAGGUGGCAGACUGGACACAACUUACCGAGUUGUUUGCGAUGCAUGCAGCACGGGAGUUAAAUACAUUCCCACGAAUACGGAGACAUUCAACGAUACGAAGAUCACGAUAACGGAUCUCAAUGCCGUGACGACCUAUCGCUUCCAGGUUUUCGCGCAAAAUGGAGUCUCGCCAUUGGUUGGUAAAAGCGAGUACGUGGACAUCACAGUGACAACGGAAGCCAGUGUUCCGAACCUUGUAAGCAAUGUCAGGAUCACGAGCGUUAAAAGUACGGAACUUAGUAUAAGUUGGGACGCACCGAUUGCUGAUAUCGCUGGAGACAGCGACCUUGUUGAAAGAUACGAAGAGCCUCUCUUUUUAGUGAGAUGUUAUCCGCACUCGGGUGACGCUACAAACGCGACUGUGAUUAAAACUUCCGACCUCUCCGCGUCCAUCAAGGGACUCAAACCCGGAACGGAAUAUGCUCUUCAAGUGAGAGCAAAAACCACAAGAGGCUGGGGCGAGUACACACCGGUCGUCUACAAAAAGACGCCCCAUGCUAUGGGACUAGAUUACGUUGGAGAUGAGGACAACAUGCAGGUUCGAAUAAUCGCCGGAGCGAUCGUUGCUGUCGUCGUUCUGCUCGUCAUAAUCAUUAUCAUGACGGUCCUCUUCCUCAGGAGCAGGGCCUCUGACGAAUGCAACAAGAAGCAGCCGAGCGAUUGCGACACCCUGGAAUACAGGAACGGCGAAGGACUAGUUGUGACCUACAUGCACUGCAAAAUGGACAGUUCACCGAUUGUGACAACCCAUACCAACAAGAACAAAUCGCCUUUGACCACGCCACUCUUCACUCCUGCAGUGGGAGUUGCUGGCGCGGGUGCUGGAGGUACUGGUGGCGCAAGUUCCAGGAGUUAUGUCGAUCCUCAUACUUACGAAGAUCCCAAUCAGGCAGUCAGGGAAUUCGCGAGAGAAAUCGACGCCGGAUACAUCACGAUAGAAGCAAUUAUAGGUGGAGGAGAAUUUGGCGAUGUGUGUAGAGGAAAGUUAAAACUGCCACCAGACGGUCGAUCAGAGAUCGACGUGGCGAUCAAAACUUUAAAGCCAGGAUCGGCCGACAAGGCGCGGAACGACUUCCUGACUGAAGCCUCGAUAAUGGGUCAGUUUGAGCACCCGAAUGUGAUAUUCCUCCAGGGUGUGGUGACCAAAAGUAAUCCAGUGAUGAUCAUUACUGAGUUUAUGGAGAACGGAAGUUUGGACACAUUCCUUCGAGCCAACGACGGCAAGUUCCAAGUUCUCCAGCUCGUCGGAAUGCUGCGUGGUAUUGCGAGCGGGAUGCAGUACCUCGCCGAGAUGAACUACGUUCAUCGGGACCUUGCGGCGAGAAACGUUCUCGUCAACGCGGCCCUCGUCUGCAAAAUUGCAGAUUUUGGUCUCAGUCGCGAGAUCGAGAGCGCGACGGAAGGAGCAUACACUACCAGGGGAGGUAAAAUCCCAGUGCGGUGGACGGCACCGGAAGCGAUAGCAUUCCGAAAAUUCACCAGCGCCUCCGACGUCUGGAGUAUGGGAAUUGUUUGUUGGGAAGUAAUGUCGUAUGGUGAACGGCCGUACUGGAACUGGUCGAACCAGGAUGUGAUAAAGUCCAUCGAGAAGGGAUACAGGCUUCCAGCUCCGAUGGACUGCCCCGAAGCAAUUUACCAGUUGAUGCUGGAUUGCUGGCAGAAGGAGAGAACCCAUCGACCCACAUUUUCCAACUUAACCCAGACGCUAGACAAACUCAUCCGCAGUCCAGACACUUUGAGGAAAAUCGCCCAGAACAGGGGAACAAAUCCACUAGCGCCGGACGCUGUCGACCUGACGCAAUUGACGUCUGUCAGCGAAUGGUUGGCCUCCAUAAAGAUGUCUCGGUAUGCCGAAAGUUUCGAGAGGGCGGGAGUUACAACUCUCGAAGCCGCUGCCAGAGUCACUGUCCAGGAACUAACCGCUCUGGGCAUAACUCUCGUCGGCCACCAGAAGAAAAUAAUGAACAGCGUGACCGCCCUGCGUGCACAAAUGUCCGCCACCUCCCAGGGUUUUCUUGUCUAGUACUCCUCCAAACUGAAGCUUAAUUCUCUAAGUCUAAAAAAGAGAAAACUAGAAAAGAAAUGCAACUUUUUGUACAGAAUCUGUGUUCUAUUAUCUAUGAUCAGUCGUCCAUCUUCCAUUCUGCCCCAAGAAUGGAGAUUGGAGAUUCGAGACUUAAGAUAUAGAAAGAAAAACUUCCACGGGGUGGAAGUUUUAAAAGUGAGACUCUCUUGGUUUCGAAGCUAAGACAGCAGCUUUGCAUCGAAUGCGAAAUAUUUCUCGUGAAUGGGAGGGAUCUUCCUCUUGAUCUCCUGGCUUAUUUAUUGAUUUUAUGAGAAAAAAAAAUUCGGUCCUUCGAGCCGGUACCAAAUCCCGAACGCUUUCUAUUAAAAUGCUUCCAAAAUUGAUUCGCUCUCAAAAUGAUAUUAUCGUUUAAUUAUUGACGAGAAGAUGUAAGAUUAUGAGAAUCUUAAAUAAUUUCUACCAGGUCAGGGGAAAAAUAGAAAAGAAAUAUAGAAACCUCCCGAAGACGAACCUUCCCAGUAAAUAGAGUGUAUUUAGUCGUAGAAAAUUUCUAUUAAUUGUUACUCGUCGAUAAAGCGAAGCGAACUCGUAGGAUCUCGUAAUUUAUAAAUGACACCACGCCUCGAUAUUAAUUUAAAUUCGAGGAGAAUGACAAAUCAUGUCAAAAAUUAAAGACGAAAAAUGACAAAUCGAUAUAAAAACCCGUUCUUUUCAGUUUCCCGCGUGAGUCGCAUCAGUUCCGUAUAUCUUCCUCCAACCGAGAUAACAAAAUUCCCAAGAAAAUUUUCCCGAAAAAACGAUUAGGUGCAAAUUUAAUAUAAUUAUUUCUCUCCAUUCUAGGUGGAAUUGUUUUUCUUUCUUUAAAAGAGAGUUUAUUUAUAAAUUAUAAAAAAGAGAUUUUAUUUAUUAGAGGAUUAAAAAAAGGUUUAUUUAGAGAAAUUCUUUUUGGGAAUGGACAUUUUUUGCAGACCAAUAUAAUCACUGCCGUAAACGUAAAAGUACGUUAAUAACGUUAAAAAUACUUUGCAACGACUAAGAUACGACCCCUAAUUUGUCUUAUAUUUACAGUUAUUAAGAGAUUUUCGUUUAAUACCAAUGCACACGGCCUAAAAGUAAAUCACUCGGAAUCAUCGAAACGCGUCUUUAUUCGAGUGUGGAGAAAAAAGAAAGUUAUUGAAAUUGAUUAUUACAUUUUCAGGAGAGAAAGAUAAACAGAUUUCAAAAUUUGCAGUUUUAAAUUUCGUGCCAAGAUUGUGUGAGGUCACACUCAUACAUAACCUCUUGAAUGACGGAAAUAAAGCAGUUUUCGGUGGUAUGAUUUCUGGCGCUUUAAUUUUGAGAGAUUUCGAGACUUAAAUUCACUCGACUUUCGUUUUCUCUCUUGUAAAGACUUAAUAAAAUAUAAAUAAAUCUAACCGCUAAAUGCUUUCGCAGUAACUAUUGCUCCGUGCUUGAUUAAAAAUCCCUAGGGAAAAGUAAUGAAGUGUGAGAGUGGGAUAUUUAAAAUAAUUCUUAUCCCGAAAUCUAAAUUUGACUGAUCCUCCAAUUAGGAAAGUAAAGUCUGACGAAGGACAGAAGAACGAGCGAACAAAGGAAACUACGAAAUGAUACAAUUCUUGCCUUUAGUGUUACCUAUAUAGGUUAUUCUAUUAUCGAAAUAUCGAGAGCAAAAAAUGUGCCAAGAGAAUCUUUGAAUGCGUGUGCGUGUGUGUGUGAAUCUUGUCGAGAGAUUGGAAUUUUUCAAAAUUGAAAUUAAAAUGAGGAAAUGGAAAUGAAAUAUAAAAAAAGUGAAGAGAAUAGUAGAUUUCCUGUCAAGGGGAGAACCACAGCGACUUCCAAUAGAAUCGUUAUUAAAGUUAUCAAAAGUUGGCGUUAAAUUUCCAAAAUUUCAAUAAAUUAUUAUUAACUUUUGAUAACUUUGAUAACAGUUCUGCUGAUCUCAUUGGAAGAUAGAACGAAAGAAUAACUCAAAUUCGUUUUUCUUCCCGAAAGAAAAACAGAUAAAAAGGAAAGUCAAGAAAGCGAGACCUACGAUAAAUUGACGCUUUGUGCUCUUUAUAACGCGCGUGUUGAUCUUCGAUUUAAAAAUUUUGAAGUCUAUAUGCGUAAUUUUAAGCUAUACGUUGUGAUACGUUCCACGAAACUUUAUGGAGUAAGAUUUUGUUGAGAACAUAUCAAUUGUAUUUCAAGUCGGAUUCGAUCCGAAAAAUUGAAGGGUGUAACUAGGAAAAAUACGCGAACGAGAAUUCACGAUGGGAAUUAUCAUUAGUCACUGAUUUUUAAUUAUUAAUACUCAUUUAUUAAUUAUUAAUCGCAAUUCAUGACACAUGAAUCAUAUAUAUUAUAAAUUCAAGUCUCAUUUCUAAAGAAGUCCAUUCCAGUUUAUUUUUUAAGUAGUUCGACGAAUAAAAAAUUGAAAACGACUGACCAUUUGUAAUCUCUAAUGAUAAAAGAGAGAAAGGGACUUUGGGUUGAAAAUUUAAAAGCAGGACUUUAGUUUUUAUUUGAAAAGAUUUAAUUUUGAAUAUUUUAUUUUAUUGAAGGAUACUGAGCUUUUUUUGUUGUUGUAAUUUUGCAAUUUGAAUUUCUCGCUAGAAUGAGGCUAAUGUCACACUUGAACAUAACCUCGAAAAUAAUGAAAAAAUUGCUCCUUCGUAGAAUAAAAUUGCAAUUUUUCCAAGGGAAAGCAAUUUCAAAUAUCGACUAAACACCCGCAAAUGCAGAUUUUUAUAUAGAAAUGUUAAAAGUUUUCAAAAGAUAUUAUUAGCAUCUUCCUAAGUCUUUGUGCUAAGAAGUUAAACGAAUAAUCUGUAGAGACUGCGCGAGUCAAGAUUGCGGGAGAAAGAAAGUAGCGAAGAAAUAAAAUAUAACAAAGAGAGAAAUUUCUCAAAUUUGAAUUUUGAGGAUUUGUGUCUUAAAAUCAAAAUUCUCUAAUCAGCGUGAAUGUUCUUUAAAAAUAUCUGUGAAGCUAAAGCCGCUAAAACAGAACAAAAAUAGAGUAAUUUUCAUAAUUUAGUGAAGGUUUUUUUAUUCCUCACCAGAAUUUUAACGCCCACAUUUAAAGAUAACCUUUUACUAUUUUUUGUUACAAACACUUCAAAUUAGAUGUUUUCUUAAUGUUUUACACAAUUUCAAAUAUGUAGAGGUUAACAAUUCUGGAGGGAAAUUCAAAUAAUAAAAUUUGAAAUGACUCUAUUUUAGAUAAAGCGAAAUCGAUAAACGCCUCACACUUUCUACGUAAUUCCCUAACAUUUAUCGCAUUUGUAAUUCUGUGCUACUAUUUAUUAAAGAAAAAGAAACUUAUUUAUUAUUUAGAGAUCUGACUAAAUUAAAGAACUUUUGUUAUGGUAAAUAGGUUUAUCUAUCGCUAGAAUGAAAAGGGAGAGGCAGAAAGGCGUUUCCUCUAUUUUGGAGUUUUACAAAAACUCCGCCCUGUAUAAAUAAAAAUAAAAAGAAAGAGCAAACACGGUUGUCGAGUCGAUAAGAAUAAUAUUAGUUAAGCGUUUAUUAAUUAUUAAACCACGUACUGAGUGCGCGUUGUUUAUUAUUAUUAUUAUUAUUAUUAUUAUUUAAUACUUUUUCCACUCUUCUUUUUUUAGAGCGAACUCUUUUUGCCAAAGUACCUGCUUCGAAAUGAACAAAAAAAAGUAAUUAGAGAUAAAAAAGAAAGGGACAUUUUUUUGUUGAGAUUAUAGAAAAACAGGUACCGUCCGGUGUACAUCGCUUGAAAUGCGUUUGCAAUAACGUAUUUGUAUUUAACAGAAUUAUUUUAAGUAAUUGCCAAUGAUAAGUUUCCGAUUGGCCAACACACAUCGCCUCCGUGUCUUGAAUGAUUCUAUUGUAUAAAGAGAUGAAAAAUAAGAGAACACAAGAUAGAAAUUGUCGACAAAUUUUUGGGAUGACUCUAAAACAUUUUUCCUAUGGUGUUGUCAAGACGAUGUUGAAUGUACAUAAGAUAUAAUAAAUAACAUACCUUAUACAAUGUAAA